CACAUCCUAGGGCCAACCGUUUGAAGUUUUUCUUGCUCCUGCUACUUGUUCAUCAAAUUACAGUACCACUUGCUUGCGAACAGUAUCCAGCUGCUCGUCAGAACGCAUUAAAGUCUCGACAGGAUAGUUCUUCGCCUGCUGAGCCAAAAUGUCUACCGAGGUGGUCCUUAAAGUUGACAUGAUGUGCAACGGAUGCGUUGGCGCUGUCCAACGUGUCCUGGGAAAGCUGGAUGGAGUGGACUCGUACGAGGUCAGCUUGGAGAAGCAGCAGGCUGUUGUGCGUGGCAAGGCGCUGGACCCCCAGGCUGUCCUGGAGAAGGUCGCCAAGACGGGGAAGAAGGCCGAGCUCGUGUCCUCGUAAAGCGCCAUGCGCUGGAUCUGUGCUUUUGCCAGGAGUGGAGUGGAGUGGCGGCCACGGCCACGGCCAUGGCGAUAGGGUGAAGGCAACCGGGGCGGCGGUAAACCUCGUGGGUGACACGCGCCGGGUUGGGGUCACGUGGGCGCCAGCUGGCAGUGCGUCGAGUGCAUGGUAGGACUCUACUGCUUAAUCGGCUGAUUACACGGAACCUGUUGCAGCGUGAGUCGAGGUCGAGUGACAGUGUCAGGGUUGGGCACGUUUUGAGUAGGGUAUGAGAGGGCAUUGGACUGCGCGGGUUGCGGAGGGCACACACGUGGGCGUGGCAUGUAUGUCUGCAGGCGGCUGCAUUGAGGCGUGUCGAUAUAUGCUGGGAGGUCGUGUCGAGCUGGUAGAGGUGUGGGCGGCUGCUGCGAUGUUUUGCAAGCGCGUUGCUGAUGGUUGGAGCCAGUGGGUGACCGGCUCAGUGCCUCAACAUGAGGGAGUAGGGCUAGGGGCCUGGUGUGGAGGCCCAACUCCGGCGUUGCAAGCGGACAUCCGGGUCGGGUGCCCGGGUAGGUCUGGUGGAUGUUGGGCCACUACGUUGCAAUGGUGAUCUGUUUGGAUGUUAAUAUGCAUGAGGUGGAGCGUUGAACACCGGAUGGCGGGGCUGACGGCGCGUCAUAUUACAAAGUUCUGACGGUAAUGUGACAUGCCCUCUGCCCGCUGCCCAGACCACUCCCCGUACUGCUGUUCAGGCAGUUCAGCGCACAAC